AUAGUAAGGCGAGUCACGUGUGGAGCUAUUUCAGCUCCACAAACAGCCAAGACGUGGUUUGGGAAAAUCACAAACUUUGUCAAACACAAACAAGUUAAUCAUAACGAUGAGUUUAUGUUGAGCGCCUUCGCGACAGUGUCGCAAAGCAUACUUGAGUGUUUAGCCCAGAUACUCAUGGAAACACACGCACGGUUGGAGUUUUGUUUACAUUCUUGGGGAGCCAACAGUUACGGGCAACUGAGCCAGGGACAUGUGGAGGACCAGGCUUCGCCCCGGCUCUCUAACAUUGCUGCCCUACAAAACAGGCCAGUCCGGGCUAUCAGCGGCGGUGGGGGACAUUCCGUAGUUAUUACCGAGAGUGGCGAGGUGUUUGUGUGUGGACAGAAUAACAGAGGCCAGCUGGGACUUGGCCACAGUGCAGACAUCUCAACUCUUCAGCACUGCCCCAUCCUGAAUCAGAGAGUCACAGACAUCGCCUGUGGUUGGGAUUUUACUCUUCUUCUCACUGACGGUGGGCAACUAUUAGCAUGUGGUUCCAAUGUGUUUGGGCAACUGGGUGUUGGACAGACUGUGACACACUCUGCAGAUCUACUGGUUGUUGAGAGUCUGAUGGAGCCAGUAGUUAGUGUAGCAGCAGGACUCCGACACUCACUUGCUGUUACUGGCUCAGGCUGUGUUUAUCAGUGGGGAACUGGUCUUUUCAGUUAUGCUAAGAGAGCACUCAGUCCACAUGCUGUCCCAUCUCACUUUAACUCUAAGGUGCCCUGUCUGGUACCAGGUCUGGAUCAAAGAAUAUCACACCGGGUAACUGCAGGGUCAGCACACUGUGUGUGCCUUACAGGAGAUGGCGAUUUGUUUCUGUGGGGAAGCAACAAGCAUGGUCAGCUGACCACCACAGAGUCCUUCCUGUCUUCUCCCACUCUUCUUAAGCGAUCUCUGCUGGAUGGAGAAAAAGUGAUAAAUGUGUGGAGCGGCUGGACUCAUAUUGUUGCUCAGACAGAGAGCGGGAGAGUGUUCACAUGGGGAAGGGGAAAUUAUGGACAGCUGGGCCGCCAAAUAUCAGCCAGUGAGGACACAGAGCAGCAGCCAGCUGGCCCUGUGGCACAAGGUGGCACCCAGGAGGUUGGACUCCCUGCAGAGGUUGAAAACCUUCGUGGAGCAACACAGAUUUGCUGUGGAUCAGAACAUAACCUUGCUUCUGUAGGGGGAAGUCUCCUUUCGUGGGGCUGGAAUGAACAUGGGAUGUGCGGAGACGGCUCGCAGGCCAACGUCUUUCUUCCGCAGCUCGUUCCUGGUCUAAGACCUGUUCUCAUUGGCUGCGGAGCCGGACACUCCAUGGCAGUGUGCGCUGCGACGACCGGCACAGAAACAAAUUCUGCACCACUCGAGUAACGCCGGAGCAGGGACAUUUAUUCUGCAUGACAAUCAGAGGCUAUAAAAAGCGAAUGCUUUGGGGAGUUAACACAUUUCUGUUUUAGUGGUUUAUCGGUGCCCUAUGAAACCCACGUGCGAUCAUUUUUAAGUGCCCUUGACUCAACACUAACUUUCACAUGUUAAAAGGCUACCUGAAGUACUUGAAGGGGUCACACUUUAAACUGCAGUUGUCAUAAAUACCCUCGUAUGGUUGGGUGAUUUAUGUUUCAUGUGGCCAUAAUUUGUCUGUGAUGGACGCGAUGGGGCCAGUGGCUUUGCAGGGUAUGGCCACGCCUGUAGCUGUAGGUCCACCUGACGUGUUUGCCUUCCUCAAUGAAGCUGUUACAGAUCAUAUGAGGGAUGGGCUAGACUAGUGUUACAGCUCCAUCUUCUCAUGUCAGGGGUUUUAUUGCUGUGAUCUUGAAUGUCAGGAUGCAGUCAAUCUCAGCAAUCCGUAGUGAAAAUUUCUCUGUCGUCUUGUGAUGUACCACUCGCACAUACACACAACAGCAUUUUAUUUCCCAUUUUUCUACUGGUCUAUCAAUUAUUUAUGUCCUUGCCCAUCUGUGUCAUAUUCUUUGAUUUUCUGUUUGUCUGAUUUGCACCACUUUCAUACUUCAUUAAUCUUGGAAGAAACUCAUCCACUGGACAUGACCCAACCUACAUAUUUAUAAGGAGUGGACCUCCGCAGUGCAGCACCUGGAUACCAACUGCAGUUGUUAAGGCAGUGCCUUUGAGAAAGGCAGUGAAGGUACUCAGUAAAGCUGAUGUCUACUUUUACUUGACUUUCUUUUAUAUGAAAAUGUUUACUUUAAAUGUUCAUGUAAGUUAAAUGUGGAAACAUUAAUAAAUGUUAAAGUGCU